AUGAAGGACGCCUCAUGCGAUCCCAGUCCACCCGCGCCAUUGAUGGCUGCGUGGAAUACCGAAUCACAAGUCCACUUGAUUGUCGGUUCAAAUCCUCUUGCCGCCGCUCGAUGUGCGAGGAGCCUCGAGGUCGGCGCAACACCGAUCAUUAUUGCGCCGGAGACCGACGACAUGCAUUUCACUCUAUCUGAACAUAUUGCCAAUGGCUCUGCCCAAUGGAUUCGUCAUGAGUUUCAAGACAAGGACUUGACAACCCUGGGCAGAGAAGAAGUUGAUCACAUUGUCGACUUGGUCUUUGUCACUUUGGGUGGCAGCAACUCACUAAGCCCACACAUAUCGAAGCUCUGCCGGCGCCUCAGGAUCCCAGUGAACGUAUCAGAUGCCCCCGAACUAUGCUCCUUCACCCUACUUUCCACCUACUCAGACGGCCCCCUUCACAUUGGCAUCACUACUUCCGGCCGGGGAUGCAAGCUUGCGUCCCGACUGCGGAGGGAGAUUGCUGCUUUCCUACCCCCAAACCUUGGAACGGCCAUCGACAGACUUGGCGCUGUGCGGAGGCGGCUGUGGGAAGAGGACAAUGCUGCUGGGCUAGGAGAAGGCAUAUUUGACAGAGAGGAUGAUGAUAGUACAGGCCAAAAACACACCUUCAACAACUUAGUCACAGAAGGCGAUGCUGCCGCCGCGAAGACAAGAAGGGUUCGUUGGCUGUCCCAGAUCUGUGAAUACUGGCCUCUCCGAAAGCUCGUGUCUAUCACCGAUGCCGAUAUGGAUGCCAUCCUGAAGGCCUAUACAUCUGGCAAUGCCACCACAAACGGCACAAACGACACAAACGGCCUCGAUACCCCCUCAAAGAAGGGAAAGAUCGUCCUCGCGGGCUCUGGCCCCGGUCACCCAGACCUACUCACCCGCGCCACCUACCACGCAAUCCACAAUGCCGACAUCAUCCUCGCAGACAAACUCGUACCCGCCCCAGUCCUAGACUUGAUCCCUCGCAGAACGGAAGUACACAUCGCACGCAAGUUCCCUGGCAACGCAGACCAAGCGCAGGAAGAAUUCCUCGUGAUGGGUCUAGCAGCUUUGAAGCAGGGACGGCAGGUCCUUCGCUUGAAACAAGGAGACCCAUAUCUAUAUGGACGUGGAGCGGAAGAGUUCGAGUUUUUCAGGAAGGAGGGCUAUUCCCCGGUCGUGUUGCCAGGUAUCACCAGCGCUAUGAGUGCGUCCCUCUUCGCCGAUAUCCCAGCAACCCACCGCGGCGUCUCCGACCAGGUCCUCGUGUGCACGGGAACCGGCCGAAAGGGAGCUGCUCCAAACCCUCCCACCUAUGUUCCUACUCAGACCGUGGUCUUCCUCAUGGCUCUUCACCGACUUUCUGCUCUUGUGGAGUCCCUCACUACAUUCCCCGCAGAAGACACUGGUUCGCAAUCGCGCACACUCUGGCCUAAGGAGACACCCUGUGCGAUUGUUGAGCGGGCAUCGUGUCCAGAUCAACGUGUCAUUCGCUCGACCUUAGAACACGUCUGCUUGGCCUUUGAAGAGGCAGGGUCGCGACCACCGGGGUUGCUUGUCGUUGGUGCUAGUUGCCACGUGUUGCACAAUCCCCAAGGCCAGCGAUGGGUGAUUGAAGAGGGUUUCCAUGGUCUGGAUGAUAUCCGCAGCGAAGUGGAUGCGAUCGCUGUGUCAGUGGAUGAGAAGCAGUGA